UCAUGCUUGUAAGAGCCUCCCCAACACCCCAAAGCAUGCAGCACAUGUUACCACCGCAUAAGAUGAGAGGACAAGUUCUAAUCUAUCUUCUACUAGUAUGGCUCUUGCUUGCAGUUUCUCAGCUCCAGGAAUCCCAAAUCAAUGUUCAAGCUAUUGAAUCAGUUCACUUCAAGCUCAGACCUAGAAGCCCCAUGCCUAAGCCACGUACUAGAAAUGCAUUACCUACCUGGGUUGAAACAAAGAAGAUUCAUAAAUCCCCAUCUGGACCCAACCCAGUAGGAAAUCACCGCCCACCGUCUAGGGAAUAAGUCAGCGGAUGCAACAGCCAGCAUAGGAAAUAGAAUGAGGGUAACAUGAUCUGGCUUGAAGGUCAGAUGUGCCAUGUAGACUUUGUGCUUGUACAAGAAUGAAAUUUACUUUUAAGAUUCAUGUCAGAAAGCAAGUAUUAUUGUACUAUUGUAUGCUCCUAUUUUCCACUAAAAUUUUUAGAUGAGUUAGCUCUGGCUUUACACA